GCAGACAUGAUUUUUUUAUUUUAUUUUAUUUUUAUCUUCUUUUCUUCACUGAAUGACUUUCACAUGGAUUCAGUAGACAAAAAAGAGUCAACCAAUGCAAAUAAAUCAACAGCAGAAAAACCUAAUAGCACUUUGCCCGACUCUAUAUCCUUAUUACAAUCCUCCGAAAGAGCGAAUGCAGCUCCUGUCACUGUAAGUGCAGUUACAACUUCAGCCGAAAUUACUCCUCCUUGUGCCAAACUUAAAAGUGUUCCCAUUCCUCAACCACUCAUUUUGAAGCGUCGUACUAGUAAAUCGUCUAUUUAUUCUACCGAGGAACUAUCAACUAAACUUAAUACUCCUAUUUAUGCGGAUUCUCAUUUCCCUACUUCACCUACCAAUUCACUUCCAGGAGACUAUCGAAGGUCAUUAUUGGCUGAUGUUGAAUACAGUAGUAGUCCUGGCAGUGAAUUGAACGAGAUACCCCAUGCACGUUCACCACCUCGAUACGCAAGCCCGCCUGCUGGUAGUGGAGGCAAGUAUAUGGUACGAUCAAAACGAACCAGCUGGAUCGAUGGUUCUUCUUCCAUCUCUCAUGACUCAACUCCCUCAACAACACCAACUACAAAACCCAUCUUAAUUCCCCCUCUUGCAUCAAAACAAGAAGAUAGUAGUUCUCUUAAAUCAGGUUCUUUAUCUAAAUUACGUGAAGAUAGACAGCAUCAGCAUAUACCACCUAGGCGAGAAAAUUCAUUGGACAGUACAACAGUAUCAGCUUCUUCGUCUACUACAGAUAAUUCAGCACAUUCUUUUUUGCUCUUUAAACAACGAAAACAAUCUGAUGAUCCAGAUAUGGAAGAAUUUGAGAGAAAAAGAUCAUUAAUACGUGAAAGAAAGACAUCUAUUUCUUCUAUUAUUACAGAUUCAAGUUUAGCAAGUGAGGAUAUGUAUUCACCAUUAUCUUCUCCACACCGUUAUAAUAAGUCAAGUGCUGGUAGUGCUACAGGCCCACGAUCUGCUUCAGCAUCACCUUUAGUUACACACACACUCAGUUCAAGUUCAACUCCACAUACUCCACAUGUUAGUUCCCAAAAAACUAAGCGUCGAUCUUCUAUGAGCAUGCUUCGAAACAUACCCAGCUCUGAACUUGCCGAUAUCAUUAAUGGGCAUUCUCCUAAUCCCAUUUUAGAAACACCUCCUGCUGAUCUAAUUAAUGGCAUUCAACACCCUUUAGCAAAGGUUGAGCAACAACGUACAGAUGUAGAAGCUAUAUCACCAGAAGGUGUACCUAUUUAUCAGCACUCUUUACAUUCCUUACUACGAAAACAGUUAUCAAGUAAACGAAAAUCCUUACGUAAUAAACCAAGGUUGCAAGAAGCUGAUAAGGAUGUUGUUGAAAUGAAUUUGGAUUCUGGUCUACCUACUGAAAUGGCAUCACAACCGUCAUAUGAUGUACCUCUUAUAGAAGACAUGAAAAGUCCCUUAUACCCUGCUAUGUUAUUAAAUGAGUCACAAACAGCGAAUACUAAUCAAGUACAACACAGUAGUCAAUCUUCAAUGGACUGGAACCCUAAUGAUUAUUUUAGCACUGAGUUAUUAAGAGGUGCGCCCACAACUUCUACAUCAGAAAUAACAACCAACUAUCGACCACCAUUGCUAAUAACUUCUUCAUUUUAUGGAGAAGAACGUGGAUCUGAUGAAGAUUAUGCUAAAAAAUUGUUUAUGUCACGAUCUGCUAAAGUCAAACGAUGGUGUAGCCUUAAAGAAAAAUCUAAAGAUGUCACAGCUACAACAGCUAUACAACCAUCUCAAGAUCGACGCUAUUCAACUACAAGUCUGAUGCGUCUUUAUGAUGGAACACCCAAAAUCCUCGUCACUGGUACUGAUGGUGCAGAAGAAAAUACUGAAAUGGUAAACACAAUUCCAUGGGUUGACUGGCUUGAAGAAUAUAAAAUUAUUAAAGCCCAGGAGAUCCGUCGUCGAUCCUCUUCACAAAGCUCCAACUCGAAUACAUCUGUUGUAAACCGUGUUUUGACGAACUGGUGGCAAAAUGUGAAGACAAGUGCUGAACAUUUUUCACAACGGAAGCAGCCUCAGCGUUUACAAUCGACCAAGUCAACACCAACGAUUAAAGAGACAACAAUUGAGCACAAAAAACCUAUUACCCAAUCUAAACGUGUUGGUUAUCGAUUUGAUAACCCUGGCCAAACAACAACUAUACAACAUUCGAUUCAAUCUCGUUUGAGUUUCGCAAAAGAGGCGUGUGAUACAGAGCUUCGUUUGAUCAUUGAUGGGCUCAAUGAGUAUGUUGAACGAGGUUUACAGUAUGUAGAAAACAUGGAUGAAGUACCUGAUGAGGAGGAGCAUUCAGAAGAAGAAGAAGUAUCUAGUGCUUUACCUAGUGUAGUAGAAAUGGAUGAAGAGGAAUUAACUAAUCAUUUACCCCAUAAGCGAACCCUUUCUUCCACUUCAGAUGAUGAACCUGUAGUAGCUCUUAUCUCUGAAGACUCAUACUUACCAACGCCUUUUAUUUUGACCUUGCAGGAUUUGAUUUCCGUAGCUCAAAGCGUGAUGGAUACAUCAUUAGAUGAGAUUUUGGAAACAGAGGGAGCAUGUGCAAAUGCUGUUUCACGAAUCCAAGCAGCUGGGGCACAAUGGGAUGAGCAUCCUGAAUGGCCUUGCCGUGAGUGGUAUGUGAGGUUGCUACUGAGUAUCGCAGCCCUUAAUCGUGUAGUAGAAUGGUGGGCAGCUGAAAAGUGGUUCUGGGCACCAAGCGAUAAUGAAGACGAUAUGGAAUCAAUACAGUACUCAAAGGAUGACGAAUCAGAUAUGUCAUUAGACCCAAAACAAUCUACUAAUGAAGAUGUAGAAAGUCUGCAAGAAGAAGCAGAACGUAGUCAAAGUUCGACGAUUAUUGUUGAGUUAAGCUUAGAAACAACUUUGAUAGAAUAUGUAAGCCCUGUUUGGUUAGAUGUAAUUGGGUCGAAUCCUCAGUCAGUAAUUGGUAAAAGCGUAAACCAAUUGUUAUCGGAUGAUGAUGGCCAAGUCUUCAGUGUAGCAACAGAAGAACUUUUAGCUGAUGAUUCUCAUACAGUGGAGGUUCGAUUCAAUAUUGUUGGCCACGAUAAUACACUUAUUGAAAUGGAAGGAAAAGGCAUGUUAAUGUACAAUCGUGUAACUGGUGAGCCCAGCCAUACUAUGUGGGUCAUAAAGCCAGUCAUGCCUCGUCGUUGGUCAAUACUACAUUGGCAACCACAAGAUGAAAUAGAAGAGGAAAAGGUGAUUAAGCGAAAUCGAUCUAAGUCUGAACCAGUCAUUGAAACACCUCCAUUUUUACCCUCAGUACCUGAAAUAAAUGAUGAAGAGGAUGAAGGAGCCAUUUCGUGUUCCAAGUUGUUAUCCCUGCCGCCCGUUUUAUGUCAUGUUUGUGAAAAAUGGGUGGUAGCUGCCUAUUUUGAACAGCAUUCGGAAUUAUGUGUUGAAAUUCAUCAGAGUGAAAUGGAUAUUAAUGUGUGUAACGACAGUUUAAUGGAGCUUAAGCAAGUUAUCAACGAAAGAAUAGAGGCAACAAAACAGGAUAUUUCUGAUAUGGAAUCAGGUGUAUAUCAUUGUGAAGUAAAUGAUGAUAAAAAAGAUAAUGAAAGUGAUAAUGAUUCAAUCUUUGGUGAUUCUCUACCAUUGGAACCUGCGGCAGAUCCUCUAGAAUUGAAAAAAAUUGAUCUGGAACAGUACAAAGAUUUAAUAGAAAUUAUCGACGUUGCAUUAAGUAUAUCCAUGCCAGGGAGUGCUGAAGAUGAGACAACUUUACAGUCACCCCGUUCAAAAGACAAGAUGAUACAAAUUCUCUAUUGGCGUCCACCAACUACGAACGAUCCUACUGUGACUGCUCUUAUUAAGGAAGUUGAGGGCCUCGCACGUGGGAAAGUUGAUGCUGUCAACAGAAUGCGUGACCGACUCGAAUAUAACAAUAGAGCUCGAACAGAGUUCCAACAAAAUACCCAUCAAGAGCCGAACUGGACGGAAUUUAUAUCCAAGAAUCAAGAAGAAGUCACUCAGCCAAUAGUAAAAACUGAAAAGCCAAAGGGAUUUUUGAACCGUCUUAAAUCUUGGAAAAGACGGCAGUCAAAUGUUGUAAGUCGCAUAUCACAAAAGCUAAAAUCAAUAACACCUGAUGCAACACCGAUUUUUGAAGUAGAGACGAUUGAUACACCUCUGGGGUCACCUAACCUACGUCCAAAGAAUGAUAAGCAGGCUAUGGCAAAAUCUCCUCUUUCGCCAUUACAUGCGCCUAUUGCAUCACGUCCUACCUUUCCUAGCAUCAAGGAUUUUGAUAUUAUCAAGCCUAUUAGUAAGGGUGCAUUUGGUUCUGUAUUUUUGGCUAAAAAACGUACGACAGGUGAUUACUAUGCUAUUAAAUUUUUAAAGAAAUCAGAUAUGAUUGCCAAAAACCAAGUUACCAAUGUAAAGGCAGAACGUAUGAUUUUAAUGUCACAAACUGACAGCCCCUUUGUGACUAAACUAUAUUAUACGUUCCAAUCCAAAGAUUAUUUGUAUUUGGUACUCGAGUAUUUAAAUGGUGGAGAUUGUUCUGCUCUUAUUAAAGUAUUAGGAAGUUUACCUGAAGAUUGGGCACGUAAUUAUCUUGCUGAAGUGACAUUGGGUUUAGAAUACUUACAAAGCAAGAAUAUUAUUCAUCGGGAUUUGAAGCCAGAUAAUUUGUUGAUUGAUCAUAAUGGUCACUUAAAAUUAACUGAUUUUGGUUUAUCUAGAAUUGGUUUCUUGGAUCGUCGUGUUCGUGAUGAAUUGACUACAGUUUCUUGUCAUGAACAGGACCAGCCCCAAUCUCCUGCUCCUUCUAGGUCAGGUACGCCUCCUCAAUCGCCUACUAUUGAAUUUCCUACAACUCCCAAUGGUGCUUACCGACACUCUUAUUUUAGUCUUUUAUUUGAUCAGUACGAACCAACUGAUGACGCCAUAGCAAAUCAAUCGAUGUCUUCAGAGACACGGAAUAAUACACAUCAUCGUCAUUUAUCUGCCGCUAUUUCAGAAUCGUUUUCUUCAAGCAUGAACAAAAACUGUAAAGAUAACAGCACACGACAUGCUGUUGGUACACCUGAUUAUUUAGCACCAGAGAGUAUUUUGGGUACUGGACAGGAUUCUAUGGUUGAUUGGUGGGCAUUAGGCGUUAUUUGUUAUGAGUUUUUAUAUGGAAUUCCUCCAUUUUAUGCAGAUACUCCUGAUAAAGUCUUUGAGAAUAUUCUUUCUAGACGUAUUGAUUGGCAUGAGGAUGAAGUUCAAAUUUCUCCUGAAGCGAGAGACUUUAUGGAAAAAUUAAUGACAUUAGAUCCUGAGAAAAGACUAGGUUAUAAUGGGGCGAAAGAAGUAAAAGAACAUCCUUUCUUUAAAGACAUUCAUUGGGACACUUUACUGACUGAAUCACCAUCCUUUAUUCCUCAACCCGCUGAUGUAGAAGAUACAGAUUAUUUCGAUGCCCGUGGAGCUACUAUGCAGAAUGCACCUGAGGAAAUAACUGCACAAGUGGAACGAGCUAAAGCCAUUAUUAAAGAGCAAAACCCUGAAAAAAUUGAUAAUGAUACCACCAAUUUUGGGACGUUCACGUACAAAAACUUGCCUGUUUUAGAAAAAGCUAAUGAAGAUAUGAUACGUAAAAUACGGCAUGAUAGUAUCAGUGAUGGCUUAUCUCCAAACCCAAUACAUAAUCGCAGUAAACAUCUCACCAAGAAUAGUCAUUUGUCGCAAGAUGUAACACCCACAAGCUCCUCUUCAUCUUCAAGUACACCGUUAACAAUGUCACCUUCUAUUUCUUGUAGACCAUUUGUAUCAAAAAGACAAGCGAAGCAUUCUGAAAAUUCAAGUGUAUCUUCAUCUAAGGAUGGGACCCCUCAACGUUCCCGAUCUUUAUCAACGCCAUCUAUUGACCCAUGUAAGGCUGCCGCUGCAGUCGCUGCGGUAGGUAAUAAAGCGCGAUCAUCCGAACAUAAUAAGCCUCUUGCUUGUCUUGUAGUAGAUGAUAAUCCAAUUAGCUGUAAAAUCUUAGAAACCAUUUUACGAACACUUCACUGUAGAUGUGUAAUUGUGAGGAAUGGUGCACAGGCUAUUCGUACUGCUAUGAGUGAUGUUCAAUAUGAUAUCAUAUUUAUGGACAUUCGAAUGCCUAUAAUCGAUGGAGAAACGGCGGCACGAAUGAUCAAGAGUACGAAUAACAGCAAUAGAGAAACACCUAUUAUUGCUGUGACGGCAUAUGAGAAAACAGUUCAAUUAGCAGGGGCAUUUGAUGAUAUUUUAAUUAAACCAGUAACUAAAGAUUUAAUACGACAAAGAAUACAAAAGUUUUGUAAGACAAUGAACCAUGAAACAUCAACCAGCAAUUUAUCAUAAAAAAAGUACUCAU